AAGAUGCUGCCUCGUAUGGCCCUCAGCAUCAUGUCCUGGAUGCUGCUCUCCUGCCUGAUGCUCCUUUCUCACGUGCAAGGUGAAGAUGCCAAGGAAGAUGUUCCGUCUUCACGCAUUAGCUGUCCCAAGGGCUCCCGUGCCUAUGGUUCCUAUUGCUACGCCAUGUUUAGUGUAUCUAAAAACUGGUUUGAUGCAGAUCUGGCCUGCCAGAAGAGGCCUUCAGGACAUCUUGUGUCUGUGCUCAGUGGAGCUGAAGCUUCCUUUGUGUCCUCCAUGAUUAAAAGCAAUGGUAACAGUGGCCAAAACGUGUGGAUUGGGCUUCAUGACCCAACACUGGGCCAAGAACCCAACAGAGGCGGAUGGGAGUGGAGCAAUGCUGAUGUGAUGAAUUACUUCAACUGGGAGACGAAUCCCUCCUCUUCCUCAGGCAAUUACUGUGGUGCCCUGUCACGAGCCUCAGGAUUUCUGAGGUGGAGAGAGAAUUAUUGUAGCUCAGCCUUACCCUAUGUCUGCAAGUUCAAGGCCUAGAGGAUGGAGUUGACACCAUGAGCUGAUAUACACCUCGCCACAAUCAAGAACCCAAAUGUGAAGAUUGAUGAAAAAGGGAAUGUUCUCCCCACUUUUGAAUUCUGACCUCCUGAUUUUCUCCUCCACCACCCCUUCUUUCCUCUCAUCUGAGACUUUUCUGUGUGCUGUGGCCUGAGAUCUCAAAGCAUAACAAUAAAAUAUAUAACUCUUGCUC